UAUUUAGCUAAGCAAUAAGUUUAAUUCAUUUAUGUUAUAUAUUUGUAGCUCAGCAAUAAGUUUAUCCCAUCUGCGAUCAAAAAUCCACAGGAGGAAGGGAAAAAACUCGGAGGCCAAAUAUGCACCAAUGUAUGAUGACCAGUUUUACGACAUACCAAAUGACACAGCAGGUGUGUCAGAAAGUACGUCUCCUUCCCAGUUUGUCAACAAUGGUGAGAGAGAGGUAUUUGAGGAACAGUUAGCCAAGAUACAGGAGCAACUUGUGUCAGUGAUGAUAGAGAAACAAAACUUAGAACAGGAACUGAAACAGUAUAAAGAAAAUGUAGCUAAUGAAAAGUUGAAGGCAGAAUUAGAGGUAGAAAAGAAGAGAAAUAAAACACUUCAAGAUAAACUCAAGAGAAUGUGAGCUUCCUUUUU